UCCUCAGAUCAAUGCCCUGGCCACUCACUUUCUGAUGUUGCACGACGGGAAAUGCUUUGAAUACUUGCGACAUGGCUGCGCGCAUUGAUUGCCAAGAUUGACAGCAGCUCUAGCCAUCGUCUUCUCUUGUCAGAGUGAGGGAAAGAGAGAGAGGGAGUGACAGAGAGAGAGAGAGAGAGAAGGGGGAGGUAAAGAACAGGUAGGCGAACGACAAAAGCCACUUGUAGUUCGGACAGCUGAAGUUCGCAGAGAGUAACACACACGGGAUCCCCCCUCGCACAGCCGCGUGUGAGCAGCCAACAGCUCCGCUCAGAGGUCGCUCCCCUGCGCCGAGUGUCGCCCGAGUCCGCAGUCGUCGUCGCGCACGGGAGGAGGACGCGCACGUUCUCCACUCCACGGCCCGGACCGUCAAGGUUAUUUACAUGAAUUCAAAAUCAACUGACCAGUGAUUGCUGGAAGCUGGGGAUUGAGUCUUUCAGUUUUUAAACCCCACACGCUGACAUGGAGGGCUUUCUACGUAGCAGCUUUUUACUGAGCAGAGUCAUGUCUUCCAAGCAGGCCACGUCUCCCUUCGCCUCCGUGGUUGAUGGAGAUGACGCCAUGAGUCAAGAACACUUGUCUUGGGAGAAAGAGGAGAGUGCCGAGGCCCACGGAACACCACAGCUGCCCCUGCACAGCCUGCUCCAUGGGACAGCCAACCCCGAUGAACAGCGGCCACUCAGCAGCAUACCGCCAGAGAGCGACUGGGACAGCCUGGUGUCAGCCCAACAGCGUAUGGAAUCUGACAGCAAUAAAGUAUGUUCCCUGUACUCCUUCCGGAACAAUUCUACUUCACCACAUAAGCCGGAGGAGGGGGCCCGGGAGCGAAGCGACCUGCUGAGCGGAUCAGCGUUUGGAACUCCCGAGCGCCGCAAAGGAAGCCUGGCAGAUGUGGUUGACACGCUGAAGCAGAAGAAACUGGAGGAGAUGACAAAGACAGAGCAAGACGAAUCCUCAUGCAUGGAGACACUUCUUUCUAAAGACUGGAAAGAGAAGAUGGAGAGGCUCAACACCAGUGAACUUUUAGCAGAUGUAAAAGGUACUCCAGAGAGCCUGGCAGAAAAGGAACACCAGCUCUCCACGAUGAUCACCCAGCUCAUCAGCCUGCGAGAGCAGCUCCUGGCUGCCCACGACGAACAGAAGAAGCUCGCCGCCUCACAGAUGGAGAAACAGAGGCAGCAAAUGGAGUUGGCUCGUCAGCAGCAGGAGCAGAUUGCGAGACAACAGCAGCAGCUUCUGCAGCAGCAGCACAAAAUCAACCUCCUCCAGCAGCAGAUCCAGGUCCAGGGUCACAUGCCUCCGCUCAUGAUCCCCAUUUUUCCACACGACCAACGCACCCUGGCAGCAGCCGCCGCCGCCCAGCAAGGCUUUCUCUUCCCCCCAGGAAUGUCUUACAAGCCAGGUGAUAACUACCCGGUGCAGUUCAUUCCAUCCACAAUGGCAGCUGCAGCAGCGUCAGGACUCAGCCCCCUCCAGCUUCAGCAACUGUAUGCGGCCCAGCUCGCCAGCAUGCAGGUCUCUCCUGGAGCCAAGAUGCCUCCGCUCCCCCAGCCCCUCGGUGCAAGUGGGCCCAUUUCUCCCUCCUCUCUGAAGAAUGACAAGAGUUCCUCCAGCCCCAUCACUCAAGUCAAGGAGGAAGGAACACAGCCGCUCAACCUGUCUGCUCGGCCAAAGACGUCAGAACUGAUCAAAUCCCCCACAUCCCCGACACAGAGCCUGUUCCCUGGCAGUAAAAACAGCCCCAACAGUCUCCUCGGAAAGGGUGGCCUCCCCAGCCCACUUGGAGGCCUGGGACGGGGCUCAUCUCUGGAUAUUCUGUCCAGCCUAAACUCCACUGCGCUGUUCGGGGACCAGGACACAGUGAUGAAGGCCAUCCAGGAGGCUCGGAAAAUGAGGGAGCAGAUCCAGAGGGAACAGCUGCAACAUCACCAGCAGGGCAUGGAGGCGAAGCUGUCCGCCCUCAGUUCAGUGGGCCUCAAUAACUGCAGAGUUGACAAGGAGCGGGCGCACUACGAGAGCAUUGGACACCACCUCGGCAAGCUGGGUGAGGACGGGAAGAUCGGCCACAGAGUUAUUGACCUCACCAGGCCUGAGGAUCUAGAUGGAGGUGCUGGAUCCACUGAGGCGAGAGUCUUCAGGGAAGCUCGAGGAAGGAACAACAACGAACCCCACAUUAAAAGGCCAAUGAAUGCUUUCAUGGUGUGGGCCAAGGACGAGCGGCGCAAGAUCCUGCAGGCCUUCCCCGACAUGCACAACUCUAACAUAAGCAAAAUUUUGGGUUCUCGGUGGAAGUCAAUGACAAACCAGGACAAGCAGCCAUACUAUGAGGAGCAAGCCCGCCUGAGCAAGCUCCACCUAGAGAAGUACCCAAACUACAAGUACAAGCCGCGGCCUAAGAGAACCUGCAUUAUUGACGGAAAAAAACUCCGCAUUGGAGAGUACAAGCAGAUGAUGCGGUCAAGGCGACAAGAAAUGAGGCAGUUCUUCACUGUGGGACAGCCACCACAGCUUCCCAUCACUACCAGCGCCAGUAUGGUCUAUCCUGGGGCCAUCACCAUGGCAACCACGACGCCCUCACCUCAGAUGACAUCAGAGUGCUCGAGUGCCUCGGCGAGUCCUGAGCCAUCCAUUCCCGUCAUUCAGACCGCCUACAACAUGAAGCUAGAGCCCAACACGAUGGCAAACAACAGUGAGCCGGUCAAUGGCGUGGACGAGAUGGACAUGUACGAGGAUUUUGAGGAUGAGCCCAAAUCAGACUAUAGCAGUGAAAAUGAAACACAAGAGCCAGUCAACGCCAACUGAGACCUCUUUGACAGAAGAGGCCGAAGCAGACACAGUGGUUAUACAGGAAGACGCCCCGAGGGCUGGUCUGAUCUGAGGGAGGGGAAGAGCAAAAGAAAACAAGAAAAUACACCACAAAUAAUGUUUGAAAAAAAAAAAUAUAUAACAAUGACGUAUCAUUUAGGAGCCAGCAUGCAGAUGUGGCUUUAUCAGAAUCAAAGCUAUUUGGUCUUAAGUGUUUCUUCAAGUGUGUGAAGCAGUUUGGUUGUUGUAAUUUAGAUUUUGUUUUUUGUUUUUUUUUAAAUCUCAUUGUUUAUUUUUUUCAUUGUGAUCAUGGACAUUUAAACACAUGAGGUUAAUGCCUAGAACAAAAGAUGGAACUUGAAAUUGAACAUUUGAUAUUUGACACAUGUAAAUCAAAUAUGAAUAUUUGAUAUAAGAUUUGAAUGCUUAACAGUAACUUAACUUGUUUUCCUCUUCAAUUAUCAAUUAUUCAAUUAUUAAUUGAUUUUGAUAUAUGAUAUAACUGUUCAAGAUGGGAAUAAUAUACUCACUCAGGUAUAGUGUGCCAGCCAACAGCUUGUGAAUGUUUUCAAUCAAGAGUAAAAUAUUACCAAUACAAAAUAACUCAAAAUUCAUAUAGGGUGAUGUCAAUUUAUUACUGAGGGGAAAAUAUUGCAAUCAAUAUUAAUAUUAUUAUUAUUCAUGUUUUUGAUUUUGAUUGUUACAACACAAAAUUUAGUGCUGAAGUGCCAAACAUUUCAAGUUGUUUCAAAAAUCUUUUGGGAGAGGCUUCGUGAGUCUUAGACAAUCUCUUGAUCUCUUAAUGCAGCUUCAUUAUCCAGUCUUUUUUUAAUUUACCCUGACAGAACAAACAAAUGAAACUCAGGAACUUGGAAGCAGCAGGCUCUGCAGGAGGUUACAGUAUUUGACAUCUUUGGGUGGUAACUUGUGAUGCUAGCUGUCCUCCAGGGAGCCCAAUGCAGUGAUCAUCAAUGAAACUGGCCAGCCCUUUCAUUUCCUCAUCCCAGUCCACACAGAGUACUGUGGCAUCCUUCACACGUUUCCAGCACUGCAACCCAGUCUGACUCACCAAGUUCUUAAUCAGAGCGAUUGUAAUCAGGCCAGGAUGCUAAAGGGCCAAAGGCCUCCAAUCUGUGGGAUUGGAACUGCAGUGAAAGUCAGCUUUGGAGGCAUUACAAUCUCAAAUUGAUGUUGUACAAUGUGUAGCUACAGUAUGUUCUGAUAAACGCUUUAGCCCCAUUUGGACAGCAAGUUUAAAGUCUUAGGUCUGAGAACUUCAUUUUUCCCCCCAAUCUUAAUUCUUUUUAGACAUUGUAAAUCUUAAACUGACACUAAGAAGUCUUAAAGCAGAGCACAGUCAUUGGGUUGAUGCAAUGAGUUGAUUACUGGAGCAGUCUUAAAAGAAGUGGUAGUUCAUGAGGAUAUUUCUGAACAGAGCAAACGCUAGAAUCAUGUUUCUUAUAUUGCCUCAUCAUAUACACGUGACAAAGGUAACUUAAAACAGAUUUUUGCAUGCACGCACUUACAUAAAUUCUCCUUCUGUCACCUUUGAGCCUUAUUUAGUUAUUUCGAAUAAUCUUAGCAGCUUUUGGAAAGCACUUAUCCACAACAUGCAAUGACUCAGAAACAAGAAGGACACAGUCCUGAUUUCAGCAAAAAGCUGACGAGCAGUGACCUUCUGGAGACUGCAGCUAGAUAAAGCUCCUCUAGCGGUCAAGGCCUUGAUGUUGCGACUCAGAUCCUCUUUACGGGGCAGAAGGUCUAAGUGGCUCCCCUCCCUGCCAUGCCCUGCUCUGACCCCUGCCGGUGGCAACCUCAGCACCCAGGGGGCGCCAUCUGGCUCGGAGAAGGAGAAAACACCAGGGAGGGAUGGGAAACAAUAAAAAUGGGGUGUGUGUCACUCAUUGUGCUUUCCAUCAAAGUGCUGGAAGUAAGGCCUCAACAGGGCUUCCACCCCGGCCCAAUCACCAGGCACUGGCGAGCAGAUGGAACAAGUACAUCAAGCUGUGGGGGAUUAUUAAAAUGACUGACGACUGGGUAUCAUCUGAAAUACAGCAUUAUUAAUGCAUGAGUCCAGCUAUUCCCCUCCCUUGCCCUUGAACCUGUCCAUUUCAGAACGAAAGCAGGAUCUGAAUGGCUGGUCAAUGUAUUUAACUGGCCAAGAUCCCCACUGCUGGUCACUGCAUUUUCUCCGAGCUCUAAUUGGUACGGAUGGUUCUUUAUAUCACUUUAGCACUGUUAUCUUCUGAACUCUUAUUGUCAAUACCCAUUCGGAGCUGGUUGGCAUUGUUCCUACUUUUUGGAAGCAUUUAUAUUUAGUCUUGUAAGUUUUGUUUUUUAUCCGACUCAUUGAUAAUUCCUUUUUUUUUCUCAUCACAUGUUUUCUACAUUGUUCUCAUUUUGAGGUAAAAAAACAUUUUAAGGAUGCUCUCCUACAAAUAAGCCCAUGUGGGUUUCCCUCCAAGUCAACCUGUUUAGUAUUUUUAAGCUGUUUGCUCCUGUUUGCUGGUGGUUAGAUUGAUUUGUAUGUGAUUGUAAAUAUUUUAAUGACUAUGCCACAUUGCUUUAGUUGGCUGAUAGUUAUAAAGGACUCUUCACGGAACUGAAACUUGACUGUGCUUAUACAGAAAAAAAACAAGAGACACAAAAAAGACAAAAAAAAGAAAAAGACAUGACAACAAAAACUCACGAGGAGACGAUGUUUCAUAAGUGUUAUAAGCACUGGAUAUAAAUUGUAUUUUUUAUCAAUUCUGAUUAAUGUGAAGCUGUUUGAGGAAAAACACCAUGAAUGAACAAAUUUCCCCAGUUGAACUCGAGGGUUUGCUCUCACAGUUGCCAGAUUUGAGUCCCCCCCUUUACUUAUAUUGUUUAUUUAUGCAAAGACACAUAUGAUGAAUGAACACUUUCUCUAAGCUUCAGGGCUGCCUAGGGGAGACACUCAGCACAAGAAAGCGAGCAGAAAAUUCAACAGCAGACUCGGUUAGCCGAGAAACGCCAGACUUCAGUGCAUUGUAUAUUGUAUUCGAAACUGUAGAGUAUCACCAUAUUGUAUUUAUUAUUAGCCACCGCUGGCUCUAAAAUUGUCAGUAAAACAACAACAUGGACAAUCAUGGAAAAAGAAGAAAAAAAACAUGCUUGAUGAAUUGGAGUUAAAAAAAAUGUUUUUCAGUUAAUUCACCAUCUCAUUUAGAUAUUAUUGUAAAUAUAACAUAGGAAAAUAUAUUUUUGUUCAUUAGUGAAGUAUAAGUUAUGUAUUUGGCUGUUCUAUUUUAUUUCUUUUUAUUAUGUACAUGUUUUUAAAACCUGACAAGUCACUGUACCUCAUGUAGAUGCUGAAAUUAUCUGCUUAUUGGAUGAGAGCAGUAUUGGACCUUAGACAGAGAGAAGCCCCUCCCUUGCUCAAGUUUUGGAUUCUUGUCUGGAAUUUUCACAGAACCAAUUGAAAUAAAGGGAUUUACUCAUUUGCCUUUUCAACAUACUGUAGAGAAGUCUUUACAAGUACGGUACUCGUUUAAACAACAAGCAUUUGACGUAAAAAAUUAUGAUUACAUUUUAUUUCCCCAAUCGGGUAUGCUGUACAUCCACACUUGUGUUUAUUACAGCACUCAUAUUCUAUGGCAAAUUCAUGAGUAGCUGAUAUCAUCUUAAAAAUCUGCAUGCAUUUGGCUUGCAUCAACAUUAUCAUCAUAAAAGAAAGGUGUUUUGUGUGUAUGACUGUUUCAAACACAAGUUAUGUUUCUAUUUAUUUUUCUUAAAGGUGGGAGCGUGCAAAUAUUUAUUGUUUCAAUGUGUCAAAACGCACCUACAUAGAGCAUUUUUUUGUUAAUUCUCUCCUCGCCAUCUUUUUUGUAUGUUCCUGAUUUUUAAUGAACAUGUUCAUUACUAUCCAGCCAUCUGCAUAUGUAGCCCUCACAGUUUUCUCUUAAUCCACAUGUUAGACAUGCAAAAGGUUUGAAUGAACAACUGAAGACAAAAGCUUGUAUGCUGUUUCAACAUUACUUACUGUAGUUUGAUUUAUUUUUCCGUCUGAACUUUGUGAUGUAUAUGGUGGGAAUGUUCUCUGUGUUAAUUUAAUCAGCACAAUUCACUGACAUGCUGGACUGACAUGCUAGCUGCUGUUCAGAAGUGUAACAUUGUUGUUCAGGGCAACAUUUAAAGUUGUCUUUGGUACUUUGCUUUUUAGAGUUGUCUCAAGCAACACUGUGUGUGGCUCUUCAAUCACUGGAGCCAUUGUUUUGAAAAUGCUGGCAGCCUGAUACAAUUUUCUGCGUAGAAAACUGAUUUUAUUUUUUUUGUUCCCUUCCUGGCAGGUACCUAGGCCCCUGGCAAGUAUUGUUUGGGUGUUAUUAGAGAAAAUGAAAUACAUAGUGUCUGUUGCUGCUUUAAAAAAGUUUAUGUCUGAAUAUGUAAAUACUUUAUCAUAAUAUCUUGUACAGUCCAAUGUAAAGUUUUUAAUUCAACUUAAAAAAAAAUGUUGCCAUCACAUUUGUGUUCACAUUCUUCUUUAUACAGUACAAAAGAUCAAAUAUUUGCUAGGGGUAUUAUUGCUAAAAUGAAAAAAGAAAAAAAAUGAUUUUUUUUUAUGUUCGUUUUGUUUUGCUUGGCUUCAAAGUGUACACCAGCAAGUCUUUGGUUUCCAUGUGCAGUAUUGACGUGAGGUAAACUUAAGGUGAAUAAUUUUACAGUGGUGUGUGUGGAGAGCAAUCUCCUCAGCUUUGGUAGUAUUAAUACACUAUAUCAUGUCGAAACAAACCAAUGAGUGACACAUUUGGGUACAUCUAGGGCACCACAGAAAUGUGGAUACUGUAUAUGAUUAAAUUAUCCACACAGGAUCAAUUCAGGCAUAUUAUAAUGUAACAGCAUUUCCUGUGUGUCUCAGUCCAUUGUAACGAUGCAACAGUGGGCUGAAUAACUGCCUGUUUAAGCUCAUUUACCUCAAGAAUUUCCUCCUUUUCUGUAAAAGAGACAGAAAUUGUGUUACAUAAAGCUUCUCACAUCACUCCAUCUUUUGUACUGCUGUUGACACUUACAAAUUAAAGAGACAUUUUGUUUUAA